UUCCCUCCCACACAAACCAAAACACUGAAACUCUCAAAACACUCAAAUCCACUCCCUCCAACUUCUCCUCCUCUCCAAACCCUAACCCUAGAUCUCACCCAGCGCGAUGGCGGCGAUGCUCCAGCCUCAGAUCAUACUUCUAAAGGAAGGCACCGAUGCGUCGCAGGGCAAAGCGCAAGUAGUGAGCAACAUCAACGCCUGCACCGCCGUCGCCGACACCGUCUGUACAACUCUCGGCCCGAGGGGAAUGGACAAGCUCAUCCACGACGACAAGGGCAACACCACGAUCUCCAACGAUGGGGCUACGAUCAUGAAGCUGCUCGACAUCGUUCACCCUGCUGCCAAGAUCCUUGUCGAUAUCGCCAAGUCUCAGGACUCUGAGGUUGGUGAUGGAACCACUACAGUCGUGCUUCUUGCAGGUGAAUUCUUGAAAGAGGCAAAACCUUUCAUUGAGGAUGGUGUCCAUCCUCAAAAUCUUAUUAGAAGCUACCGAGCUGCAGGCAACUUGGCCAUUAGCAAAGUUAAAGAGCUCUCUGUAAGCAUAGAAGGGAAGAGCCUUGAGGAAAAGAAGUCCUUAUUGGCAAAAUGUGCUGCUACGACACUAUCAUCAAAAUUAAUAGGAGGUGAAAAAGAAUUUUUUGCUGAAAUGGUUGUGGAUGCUGUCCUUGCUAUUGUAAAUGAUGAUAGAUUAAAUUUACUUGGAAUAAAAAAGGUUCCAGGGGGUACUAUGAGGGAUUCAUUUCUUGUUGACGGUGUUGCUUUCAAAAAGACAUUCUCUUAUGCUGGUUUUGAGCAGCAGCCAAAGAAGUUUCUGAAUCCAAAAAUCCUUCUGUUAAACAUUGAAUUAGAGUUGAAAUCAGAGAAAGAAAAUGCUGAAAUCAGACUAUCAGAUCCACUGCAGUAUCAAUCAAUAGUUGAUGCUGAGUGGAAUAUCAUCUACGACAAGUUAGAUAAGUGUGUCAAGAGUGGAGCAAAAAUCGUCCUCUCACGAUUGGCAAUUGGCGACCUUGCAACUCAGUAUUUUGCAGAUCGAGAUAUAUUCUGCGCUGGUCGUGUAACAGAAGAAGACCUGCAAAGGGUUUCUGCUGCUACAGGUGGUACUGUACAAACUUCUGUCAACAACAUUAUCAAUGAGGUUCUGGGGUCUUGUGAUGUGUUUGAGGAGAAACAAGUUGGGAAUGAGAGGUUCAACAUAUUUAGUGGCUGCCCUUCUGGUCGGACUGCAACCAUAGUUCUCCGUGGUGGAGCAGACCAGUUCAUUGAAGAAGCUGAAAGGAGUCUGCAUGAUGCAAUAAUGAUAGUCAGAAGAGCUCUCAAGAAUUCCACUAUUGUGGCUGGUGGCGGUGCUAUUGAUAUGGAGGUUAGUCGAUAUUUGCGACAACAUGCACGAACCAUAGCUGGAAAGUCACAGCUGUUUAUAAAUUCAUAUGCCAAGGCCCUUGAGGUCAUUCCAAGACAACUUUGUGAUAAUGCUGGCUUUGAUGCAACUGAUUUCUUGAAUAAACUCAGACAGAAACAUGCUUCUGGUGAAGGUGCAAAUUUUGGCUUAGAUAUCAACACAGGUGGACUUGCAGAUUCCUUUUCUAACUUUGUUUGGGAACCUUCAGUUGUGAAGAUUAAUGCUAUAAAUGCUGCUACAGAAGCUGCUUGUCUUAUUUUGAGUGUGGAUGAAACAGUCAAGAAUCCUAAGUCGGAGAGUGCACAAGGGGAGGCUGCUGCAAGUGCUAUGGGUGGUCGGGGGCGUGGUGGUGGAGCCUUCCGAGGAGGUCGUGGUGGAAGAGGCAUGAGGAGGCGGUGAUUUCUUUUUAACCUUCGUCUGCUUAAGGAGUUAACUUUUGCCAGUUAAUCGGGUUGAAUGUGGUUCGUCAUGAUAUUUUCACUGCGUCAAGUAAAAUGUCUUGUUUGUAGACCCAGUUCAUGAUGGGAAGUUCUCCACUUAAUUUAAAAAGACUCAACCAAUCACAAUUUUGGAUUUGGAAUCUCCAUUCCUUUGGGUGUUUCUGCUAUUGUAUUUUCCUUUGCUGAGGAGUAAUUGGUUUGUAUUGUCAUUUGUCUCUUGCUUCUUACUACUACUAAUAACUCCGGCUUCUUAUA